UUUAAACAUGCCCGAAUGUUUUGGUCUCUUCCGAACGUCAGUUUAUUGAGUCAGUUUACGCUUUGAUUUAAUAAGGUUAGCGUUUGAAAUCCACUUUGAAAUAUUUUCCACCCAUCUCAUCUGAUAUCGUGAAGAUCUUCGUCGCCACUGCAUGCUAUGGCCAGCGAGGUUGUAGUCACGGUGCGCUUAGUGAGGUCUUUUGAACAUAGAAAUUUCAAACCAGUCGUGUUUCGUGGCAUUAAUUUGGACCAGACGGUACAGGAGUUUAUCCAGCAUGUCAAAGACGAUAUUGCAACGAGGGCCGGUCUGCCGCCACCUUUCAAGAAGUAUGGUUAUGACACAAUGAAGAUUAUCCAUCAGGCACAUGGAGCCAAGACUAAUGAGUUGGUGAUGAGUUUAGAAGACGAUGACAAGCUAAUUCUGCAGAACGGCCUGACGCUAAGAGCUGCAGGAGUUGCUAAUGAAACAGAGGUGGCCUUCUUCAGGAAAGAAGAUUAUGGUCUCUUCAAAGCAAAUCCCCAAACUGUUUGGUGACCACAUCGCUACAUUUACCAGAUGAGAUUCACAAAAGUCAAACAUACCAAAAAUAACAGGGACGAUUACUUAAGUGCCCCCAUGUUGACAUCGAAAUGUUUUAAGUUUGCUUUUAAAAAACAAAAAUAUUGAUGACAAACUUGUCUGGUUUCCCUUUUUUAUUUUUUUAAUAGUUAAUGUGAUUGUUUAUUGAUUUGCAUUGUAUUAAAUCGUUUCCUAUUA